AUGGAGUCGCCAGUGCCCACCGAAACCAAGAAGGUGUCCGCCGUCAAGGACAUCGAGAUUCUGGCUCUGCACCCCAAGGUGAAGCCUUUUGCGAGCUUGAAGCCGACGGCCGUCACCACCAAGACCAAGGAGCAUUGGAAGCGCAACAAGGGCUGCCAGUCGGGCUGCGAUUUGAAGAAAGAUUUUAGCGACAUCAAGCACACCACUCUGUCCGAGCGCGGCGCCUUGUGGGAGGCCGACCGGUGCCUCAAGUGCGCCGACGCGCCCUGCCAGAAGAGCUGCCCGACCCAGCUCGACGUCAAGGCCUUCAUCUCGUCCAUCUCCACCAAGAACUACUACGGAGCAGCGAAGCAGAUUCUGUCGGACAACCCGGUGGGGUUGACGUGCGGCAUGGUGUGCCCCACGUCGGACCUGUGCGUGGGCGGGUGCAACCUCGCCGGCACCGAGGAGGGCGCCAUCAACAUCGGCGGCCUGCAGCAGUUCGCCGUCGAGAUGUUCAAGAAGAUGAACAUCCACCAGAUCCGCGCGCCGGGCCUCGACGUCGACGCCCUGCCGGAGAGCUACCGCACCAAGAUCGCCUUCAUCGGCUGCGGCCCGGCCACCAUCAGCGCGGCCACGUUCCUGGCGCGCAUGGGCUACACCAACCUCACCAUCUUCGAGAAGGAGGCCUUCCCCGGCGGCCUCUCCAGCACGGAGAUCCCCCAGUUCCGCCUCCCCUACGACGUCGUCCAGUUCGAGCUGAGCCUGCUCCAGGACCUCGGCGUGCGCAUCCAGUACAACACCACCUUCGGCAAGGACAUCACCUUCGACUCCCUCCAGAAGGACGGCCACGAGGCCAUCUUCCUCGGCAUCGGCCUCCCCGCUCCCAAGAAGGUGGAGGUGUUUGACGGCGUGGGCGAGAAGGAGGGCUACUUCACCUCCAAGGACUUCCUCCCGCGCGUGAGCGCCGGCAGCAAGCCCGGCAUGUGCUCCUGCAAGUCCGACCUGCCCGACCUCCACGGCCGCGUCGUGGUGUUGGGCGCGGGUGACACGGCGUUCGACUGCGCGACGUCGUCGUUCCGGUGCGGAGCCAAUCGGGUGAUCGUGGCCUUCAGGCGCGGCAUCCCCGACAUGCGUGCGGUGCCCGAGGAGAGCGAGCUGGCCAAGGAGGAGCGCUGCGAGUUCCUGCCCUACAUGCAGCCCAAGCAGGUGGUGGUCAAGGAGGGUCGCAUCGUCGCCAUCGAGCUCUACAAGAUGGAGAAGGGCGACGACGGCGAGUACCGCAUCGACGAGGACCAGUUCAUCCGCCUCAAGUGCGACUACGUGAUCUCGGCCUUCGGCUCCUGCAUCGACCCCGACCUCCGCAAGGCCCUCGCGCCCCUCACCUUCGGCAAGUGGGGCACCGCCGAGAUCGACACCAACACCAUGCAGGCCACCCACGCGCCGUGGCUGUUCUGCGGUGGUGACAUGGUGGGCAACGGCACGUCGGUGGAGGCGACCAACGACGGCAAGACGGCGUCGUGGUACAUGCACAAGUACGUGCAGUCCCUGCACGGGCUGAGCGUGCCCGAGGAGCCCCAGCUACCGCAGUUCUACACGCCCAUCGACGAGGUCGACAUCUCGAUCGACGUCGCCGGCAUCCGCUUCCCCAACCCGUUUGGCCUCGCGUCGGCCACGCCGUGCACGUCGGGCGACAUGAUCCGCCGCGCGUUCGAGGCCGGCUGGGGCUUCGCCGUGACCAAGACCUUCUCGCUGGUCAAGGACCUCGUCACCAACAUCUCCCCGCGCAUCGUGCGCGGCACCACCAGCGGACACCGCUUCGGCCCCAACCAGGGCGCCUUCCUCAACAUCGAGCUCAUCUCCGAGAAGACCGAGGCCUACUGGCUCACCGCCAUCACCGAGCUCAAGCAGGACUUCCCCGACCGCGUCGUCAUCGCAUCGAUCAUGUGCGCGUUCAACAAGGAUGACUGGCAGGAGCUGACCAAGAAGGCCGUGGCCUCGGGCGCCGACGCCCUCGAGCUCAACCUCUCGUGCCCGCACGGCAUGGGCGAGCGCGGCAUGGGUCUCGCCUGCGGCCAGAACCCGGCGCUCGUGCGGGACAUCUGCCGAUGGGUCAAGGAGGUGGCCAAGGACGUGCCCUUCUUCGCCAAGCUCACCCCCAACGUCACCGACAUCCGCGAGAUCGCCACCGCGGCCAAGGAGGGCGGCGCGACGGGCGUGACGGCGAUCAACACGAUCUCGGGCCUGAUGGGCAUCAAGACGUCGGACGGCGGCGCGUGGCCGUCGAUCGGCAAGGAGAAGAAGACCACCUACGGCGGCGUGUCCGGUAACGCGACGCGGCCGGUGGCCCUGCGCGCCGUGUCGGCCAUCGGCAACUAUCUGCCCAACUACCCGAUCCUCGCCACGGGCGGCAUUGACUCAGCCGAGGUGGCGCUGCAGUUCCUGCAGUGCGGCGCGUCGGUGGUGCAGAUCUGUUCGUCGAUCCAGAACCAGGACUUCACGGUGGUGCAGGACUACAUCACGGGCCUCAAGGCCGCCCUGUACCUCAAGUCGCGCGAGGACCACGCCGAGUGGGAGUACCAGUCGCCCGCCGUGCGCGUCGACCCGGCCGCCGUGCGCGCCAAGCAGGGCACGGGCCUGCCGCACUUUGGCCCCUACGAGGACAAGAACAAGGCCCUGCGCAAGUCCGUGUGGCUGGCCAAGGACCUCCAGAGCCCCGCCCCCAAGCCCGCCCCCGCCCCGGCGCCCGCCAAGGUCUUCACCCUGGGCGAGGUGCUCGGCACGGCCCUCCCGCGCAUCGGGUGCUACAACGACCUGGACAACAAGCAGCAGGUGGUGGCUCUCGUCGACGAGGACAAGUGCAUCAACUGCGGCAAGUGCUACAUGACCUGCAACGACAGCGGCUACCAGGCCAUCAAGUUCGACGCCCAGACCCACAUCCCCACCGUCACCGACGACUGCACCGGCUGCACCCUCUGCGCUUCCGUGUGCCCCAUCCCCGACUGCAUCACCAUGGUGCCCCGCCAGCUGCCCUACAUCCCCAACCGCGGCGUCGAGAUGAACACGAGCCAGGCCGUCACGGGGGAGGCCGUCACCGUGUGCCAGUGA